GAUCACCGACGCCUACAACGAACAUGGCUGCUGCAGUCAGGAUGGGGACGUGGAGCUGUCCGACCAGAGGAGUUCUCUAUCCGUGGGGAGUCCUUGUUUUAUUUUUAUUCAACACAAUAGAAGCGGUUGACGCCGCUCCAGAGACGGGGCUUUGGAAGAUCACUGUAGUAAACGUGAGUAUGACUCUGGUAACAUUGAACGCACCGGCGAAUGCAGCACCGGCUAGCUAACGUUAGCCGCGUUAGCUUUGUUAUGUUCGCUGGUUAUCAGCUGAGCGGAGUGUGGUGACAGUCGUAUUACCUGCAUUUACGACAUUAAGUUUAAUCCUUUUAACUUGCUGUAGAUAAAUAUGAUGAUAGAGUAAAUUGUGUGCUUUUCAUAAGGAUAGGAUAGCCUUUUGCUAACUAACUAGCUCGUUAACAGCUGUCCACUCUGCUAAUUAGCCUCCGAGAAAAGCCCAGGAACCUGAGGCAGUCCGGAAACCAAAACUGGAGAGUCCUUAACUUGGUUUAACCUCGAGGGUUUAGGUGUUUUCCCCACUGUGCUAUUUACUCUUACUAUAACCAAUAUGUCAUUAUAAAUGCUGUAGUUUUAACAGAAACACACCCUAAAAGCCCAGUCCAGUAUGACUGUGAAAUCCAUCUCAUUAAUUUGCACUUUAAACUUUUCUGUUUUUACCUAAAAGACUCUGGAAAAGUUUUACAAAACUCAAUCUGCGAUUCUUCGUGCUUAUACAUUACCUGCUUGUAAUUUUAUUAAAUGUAAAACUAAGAUAGCUGAUAAGUUUGCUGGAGUUUGUUGUGUAAUCGCCCCAGAAAAGGUAAAGACGUCUAAUUAGGUCAUACCUGUUUGACAUUUUUCCUUGAAUAAAAGGGUACAACUAGUGACUGACCCAUAUUGGUUUAUUAUAGAUGAAGCCCACAGCUCAGGUGAUGCUGUAGACAUCAUACUUUUUAUCACAAUGUAAUGAUAAAAAGAGUAAUAACAUCAUAAGAUUAGAUUAGAUUUUCCUUUAUUCAUCCUUCGGUGGGGAAAUUAAGUCAUUAACAGCAGCAGCACACACAACAUACGCAUUUAUAACGGGUACAAAAAAAACAAAUAAAUAAGGAACUAUGGUAAAAAAAAAAAAGAAAGAAAGAGCAGUGCAAAGAAAAGUAUGAGAACAAGUAUGAGAAAAAUAUAAAAGAGAAAGAAAGAUCAGUCCCAACAAAAAACGGGUAUGGAUGUGAUGAUGAUAUUGAUAUUGCACAAGAUCCUUUUUCCAUCAUCCUUUUUUUCUGUGCACAUUAUAUUCUAAUUUACAUGGUUAUCUUGUUCAGUAACAUGCCAAUAACUUUCUUAAGUGAAAUAUGCUUUCACUUUCCAAACAUUAUUUGACAGCAGCUAAACAGAUGGCACUGCCUGCAGUGUCUGCAGACGUUAAUGUUUUCAUCAGCCUUAGGGGCACAAGCACUGGCAGAUGUCUGUUACUUCAAAACUGGCCUGAUUAAUUUGCUGGCCAAUUAGGUGGUCUUUCUGGAAAUCGUGUGUAAAAUUGAAGAAAAACCAAAAGAUUUAAAGAGCCACGUCCAGAUUAGUAAUAUCAUUAUUAUUCAAUAUUGCCACAAACAUAGAAGUGUUUAUGUUAGAGUAGGGUCUAUUUAAAGCAUCAGACAGUUUUUCAGGGUGGAUAAGCUUUUCUGGUGAAAGUGCAGAGUUCGCAGCUCCUGUGAGGAUCUCUCUGUUUUUGUUGAUUUUGGCACACCCCAGGGACAAAGCAGUACUCAAUCAUCUUGUAGCUGUUUUUGUUCUAUAUGUCAGACGUGUUUUCUGACUAAAAACAUCUCAUACUGCUUUUGUUUUUUACUUACUGUAAAUAUUUGCUGUGAAAGAGGGAAAACAGGUGUUUCUUCAGCAUGACACUUGACCCCUUGCAGUUGUAACAUGGGUUUGAAUUGAGUUUAGAUAUUGUCUUGUCUUGUUGCAGACGGUCUCGUUUGUUUAUAUAGGUCAUUAGUCUGAUUCAUGAGCAGUUAAAAACUCCUUGCAUCAACUUAAAAUUAGUUUUAUGGUUUUUAAGUAACAUUUUUGCAGGGAAAAAUUAAGUCACACAAAAUAGGAUCCUGCAAAUAAUGCAAGCAAUUUUUAUGAUUCAAAUUGAAGUGUAAUGUAAAGUAGGUGCACAAAAGGUGUGUCCUAAUUUUGGGGUUUGUUUCAUCAAAUGUAUUCCCUUGUGAAAAACAAUAAAACUGGCAGCUGUAGUUGCUGUAGUAUUAAGAAACAGCCGCCAGACUGAAGUCAAGGAGAAUUAGAAAACCUUGAUCAAUAAUUUAAGCUCCUAGAAGUGUCAGAUUUGCUCUGCUGCUGUCUGUCUCUGUAUCCAAUCGCAGUAUAAGGUGUGCUGGAAGGUCAGGCCAAAGUCUGUUAUUGAAUUCUUCCAGACAGACUCACAUUUACACCUACUAACAAUAUUAAAGUUCUUGAGGAUAUAAUCUUCCGUCUGGAGCUGCUUUCUUUAAUAAUAAAACAGUGACGGCUGAGAGUUCAGUGUGUCUCAGACAUGGAAAAUAUGACUUAAAAACUGAUAUUAUAAAAGACAGUGAAACAGUUUGUAUUUUUUUCACCUACAAAGAUGAAAACUAUAAUGUCUUAAUAUGUGAAUACUCUCUCAUUGUAUUAGUUAGUCUUUUUUCCUUUUAUGGUAACAGGAAGUGUCCAUCUUGAUGUGAACAUCUGAGCCACAAUCCCAGAAUGAUGACUGAUCAGCUCACCAAACUAAUCUUGUUGAUUAAUGAGAAGCAUGAUUGCAAAUUACGCUCUUUUUUUGAUCUGCCCUCAGACAUCAAGGCCUCUGCUGUUGAGAAAAUCCAUGUAUAAAGACACUGAUAUUCAGUUAAAAGGUAAGAAAGUGAAUGAUCAAGCAGACAUUCUGCCUUUUUUGUCCUGAUUUGUGUUCAUCAUCUUGUGUGUCGUGCUCUUUCAGUUGUGUCCUUCGGCUGUCCUGAAGAGCUGACCUUCACUGUUCACUGGUUAUUAAAAUAUUACCCGUGCCACAAUGAAUUCAACAAUAUUGAGGUAAGCACCGAAGCCUGACGUCACAUGAAUCAUCGAUCUGAUUUUUCCUUAGACCCACUCUGUCACUGAUUUGUAGGAAAUGUAUGAGAGGACACCUCUCAGUCGAGGAGAAAGCCUGGACCCAAAUCCCCUCGGUCCAGGAGAGUACAUCGAACACAAACACAGUCCAGUCACAUGCAGCAAUGGGCUGCGCUCUUUUCCAGUGUUUAAAGUGAGUUUUUUGCACUUUUAUCCUCAAAUUAGUGACGCUUUUCACAAACUUUUUGAGGACAAACAUUUAAGAACUGUUACUUGAUUUUCAGAAAGCAAAGGCAGACCCACGUGUAAUCAGCCAACCUGUCGACGGUCAAGUGCUGGUGAGUAAAAAUAGAAACUGCUCCAGCCUGAUUUAUUUAUUUAAGUUUAAUAUUGAACUAUGAUUAUUUUUUUUACUCUCAUUUUCAUCAGAAAACAAUAAGAUAGUCAUGAUCAAGACUAUCAUUAACAUCUGUGUUUUCAGUAAAGACAGUAAUUGAUUAGUGAAAUGUUGGUGUGGACCACAGAGGGGACAGGUGCAUGAUGCUGGACCCCUAGCCCAUACCCUUGAUCCAUACCAAAUGCUGAAUUAGCAGCAUAUGGUUCGGCAUGCCUUUAGCUAAAUUAUUAAUAUCUUCAUGUUGUUAGUUUUGUGUUUCUAAUACUUUUUACCUACAUAGAAUAGGCGCUGAUUAAAAUGUGUCAUCACUUUUGUCGUUUUAUAGGUUGAAAGUGACAAAGACUGGAUAACUGAAGAGUACGACGACAGCUCGGUGAAGAACAGCAGUUUAAAUGUGAAAGAAAACGUCAUCGCCACAACGUGGAAGGACGGGCCGUACCUGCUGGUCGUUAAGAUUGUGCCCAGCAAACCUGAAGCCAACUGGAAUUUAACAGGUGAGGUUAUCUUCACCUGAUACCAAUAUAAAUACUGAUAUAGACACUUUUUAUUUCUCGUGAAACACUGUAAGUCUCUCCUGCACUAGGAUUUCCCUGUUUCCUAUGCAGAGAUACUGGUUAUACUGGUUAAACUGUGUCUGUGACCCUGAUUUGUCUUUUUUUUCAGUGAAUGUGGUGAUGAGAGGCAGCCAUGGAUACAUCUCUAUCACGGAGUGGCCUCUCAUGAUUGUAAGUUGAUAAACUUUCACUUUUGUUGUAUUUUAAAGCUCCUGUGUGUGUUUUUGUCUUAUUACCUCUGUCCAUAGGGGGCGCCAGAAUGUGCACAAACAAACAAAGCGUAUGAAUUAAUUUUAUUCACAUAUUGGAAGUUUCUAAAUUGUUUUAUUGGUUUAAAUGGUACAAAUGGUAUUCUGAAAUAAGCCCAUUUGUCUGCACCUUUUAAAGGGGCAGUUCACCCAAAACAAACCCAGAUGGAGCCAUUAUAAUCAACAAAAGGGGAUUAAGAGGAUUACAUUAUCCUAAUGAAAUCAAAUUCAACAUCUGAUGUAAUCACCAUGACCAAGGUGGACUACUGUCCAUUUAGCUAAUCAUGUAUAAAAGAAAGAAAAAUGAGAGAAAUAAAGUUAAAGAAACCAAGGCAUCUCUAUCAAGAGGAGGAGAUCGAUCCUGAGGCUAGACCAGCUGAUAACAACUGCUUUAAACUUAUCCCAUCAACAAUCACAGGACACAAUCUACAACUAGAAAUCCAUAUAUUUAAAUCUUGUUAUUUCUUAAGCGUUUUGAAGAAAAAAACACCAACGUUGUGGGGGAUCAACUGCUCCUGUCUGUGUUUUAACACUUGUCCCUUUCUCUCUCUGUUUGCAGUUCUACAUGGUGAUGUGCAUCGUGUACAUCCUGUACGCCCUGCUGUGGUUUCUGUGGGCAGCCUGCUACUGGAAGGACCUGCUGAGGAUCCAGUUCUGGAUCGCGGGGGUCAUUUUCCUGGGGAUGGUGGAAAAAGCCGUCUUCUGUGCCGAGUAUGAAAACACCAACGCUGUCGGCUCUGCUAGUGAGUGUUUACACAUCCUCAUGAAAUAUUUCUGUUUGACUUUCCAUGUGAAAUAGUAAAAGGUUUGGCUUUGACUCUGAUGUUUUUCGUGUGACUGUUCUCGUCAGCUACGGGCUUGUUGAUCUUUGCGGAGCUGGUCUCUGCCCUCAAGAGGACUUUGGCGAGGUUGCUCGUCAUCAUCGUCAGCCUUGGUUAUGGUAUUGUAAAGUAUGUGGGCCUGUAUAUCUUUGAUAACAGCUGUGUAAUUAUCUAAAUAUUAAACACAGAAUUAAUGUCAUAAUUACUUGGCGUCUCUUUGUUUCAGGCCUCGGCUGGGGACAGUGAUGCACAGAGUUGUGGGACUCGGGGUCCUCUAUUUCGCUUUUGCAAGCAUUGAAGGUGUCCUGAGGAUAACUGGGGUGAGUUCUGCUCUCUGUCCGUGUCUUAGCUUAAGAUGUCUUCCAUGGCUCUUGGACCUGAGAUCAGACUUUAAACCUGUGAAGGUCCAGCUGAAGACUUAAUAGUACAAGAAUGGGACCCCACCUAGAUCCUGAUCAUGGCAUACAUGAAGUUUUUGGUUUGUAGAUGAGUAGUAGAGUAGAUGUGACACCUGAGUGGGUCUGGGAAAACCUGAAGCACUCAGUGUGUAAUUUGCAUGAUGUUUACGCUGACAGGGGAUCAGAUUACAUGAGUGAAAUGGAACAACAGCAGAGGAGAGAUGGAAACCUGUAAACUUGAUGUUCUCCACUCUGAAAAAACUCGACGCAUCAAUUCAGGAUGAGUUUGAAAAUAUCGGCUAGUGGAUAUUGAGGAAAAGAACAAUAUUGUGCAUCUGCAGUUCACAUUUCCAGGGUUAGGGGAGAGUUUCCCGGACAGCUGAUGUCUGGCAUUUAAAAUCUCUGUUAAUCGGAAAAAUAGUCCCGUUAAAGCAUCCAGUCUAACAACAACUGUACAGGGAUAAACUGACUAGAGCCAAGUUUUAGCCAAUCAGAGGCAGAGAAGAGUGGGCUGUGCUUGCCAAUGCAUGGUGGUUACAGGUACCAGAAUGAUUAUCGAAGUUUUGCUAGAUCACCAGAAAGUGGCGAGAGUUAACACAGGUGGAAGUCAUGUUGGUCCAACAGUCAGCCAGUUUUCAUCCGCUUGUCCGUUACUGGGUCGUAGGGGUGCUGGAGACAAGGUUGAUGGGCGACACACACACACACACACACACAGGUUGAUGGUGGGGUAAUAUGAUUUGGAGUUGAAAACAUUUGCAGUUUUGCUUUAAUCUCUGUGAUGUGUUAAUCUUUAUUUAAUUGAAGGGUCGAGACAACGGCCCUGUCCUCAUGACAGCGAUUGUUCUGGCCGUGUUUGACUCCUGCGCCAUCUGGUUCAUAUCCUUCCACUAUCACUCAGCAGCACCAUCCAUCAGUAACUUUUACACCCUCAGUGGUCGUACCUGUAGCAUAAACUUUUGAGUUUUAAUUUUCUUUUUUGCACUUUGGUGAAUGGUUCUUUAUUUUACUGCCUUUGCUGCUUUUUGAUCUCCCAUCCUCUCUGUGAUUUUUUUCCCCCCUCUUCCUUCCUCGGAUCCUCUGGUCCUGCUCUGUCUUCCCUUCUAGGCGAAAGACUCUGACUUGGCCCUGCUGGCCAACAUUCCCCUGGCUCUGCUUGACUCCUCUCUAUGCUGGUGGAUAUCCUUUUGUGCACCUACAACCUUUCCCUGUGUGGUUCCCCUCUGCUCCUCACCUGCUUCACAUGAGUCCAAAUUAAACCGCCGGAGGUUGAUCUGCAGCUGUCACAAGCCCCGCCUAAUUAAAAAGCAGUGAAAGAGCUCUUUGUUGUACUCUGGCAGGGACUCGUAUUGCUUAUCAUAAAUCCUUGCUUAAUCGUUAAUCAUUGAUUCUCUACUUAAAGUGGUAACAGCCUAGUUUGUAUCAGUUUGAUGGUCAAACUGGUGGAAAUAUCCUUCAUCCUCACCGCUCCUUUCCUUCCUCAAUCAGUGACAUUGUGCUUGGUUCCUUUUAAUUUGCAGUUUCAGUCUGCUCUUCCCGAUGAAUUUGAUUUGCAUUUCAUCCAUCAUUAACAACACAAAGACAACCCACAUGAUCACACUUUCCAGUUAAUACACAGCACAGUUUACUAAUAUAUAAACAACACAAAGGAAACCCAGCAGUGACAGAACCUUAAAGGUACAGCGCGUAGAAAUGGGAGUGUUUAGAGAUAUCCAGCAGCUGAAACACUCCCCCUGCUGAGCCCUCUCAUCAUUGGAGCGAGUGACCUUUAAGAAUAAGAGGUUCCUUUAAUGCACAAGAAAAAUAAUCACACUGAUUGCAAAGAUUUUAGUCUCAAAAAAUUCCACCAAUACAAAUUGUUUUGCAUAUAGCAACAACAACUUCCCUCUUCUUUUUUCACCUCACAUAUUUCACAAACACUCAUGCUGCUAGUUUGUCUAUUCUCUGCUAUGAUAGAAAACACAUAUUAAGAUAUAAAGGCUCAUUUCAAAUUCAUUUGAAACAUUUUUUUUUCAUUAUUUAGUGAUUAUAACGUACAUGUGAAUAUAAUCUGCCAUUUAUGUCAAAGUCCGUCCCAAUGAAUGGUGCUGAAUUCUACGCACUGUACCUUUAAAUUGAAGUUUUGAUGUUUUAUAGAUUAAUUGAGACAUUUCUCAAUGAACAACACUUACAAAAUAAAAGUUUGAAGUUGUAAGUCCAAAUUUGUUGCCAUCAAAUUUGACAAAGUCUAAACUCUUGAUCAGUUUUUAGACAGAUUAUCUCCGUCUGUCGUCCUUUGACUGCGACACGAGAUGCAAUCCUGGUGUCCUGAUAGUUUUAACAGUUUUUGAUAUUUAGGAUGUAAAACUGUCUGAUUAAGUCGGCCUUGUUGCUAACAUAAUAGAGCACACAACUACUAACAGAAAACUGAGACAGUUUAACCUUCAAUUUAAACAAAAGAAUCAAUCAUCAUCUCCUAAAUCAUUAUCCAAUCAGGACAUAUUAGUACUUGUUACAGACCGUUUCUUUACUCCUGCUUCUUUGUCCGAUCAUGCUCGAUUACACAUUAAAAGAAGAGUUUAAUUGCUUCCUGUAAUGAAUGAUAUCCAUUAAGAAAUGUGUGAAAUGUUUCCCUUGACUGCCGCUAACAUCUUUGUCAGCCUGGCACAAACCAUCAAGACCCUAAAGCUGAGGAAAAACCCCGUCAAGCUGUCUCUGUACAGACAUUUUACAAACACACUAAUAUUUGCCGUCAUCGGUAAGUUUAUUGACCUCACCUGUAAUGAUUAUCAAACAUGUGAAGUUCUGUGACAGCUAGGGUUGGGAAUCGAGAAUCGAUGGGAAUCGGGACUAAAACUUCGAUUCUUCCGGUAUCGUUCAAAUAUUAAAAUUUCGAUUCCAAGUUUCGAUGCCAGAGUCCGCCGACCGGAAGAAAUAGCCGCCGAAAAUCAACGAAGAGGAGGCCGCUUAGCACCGAUGAGGGCGGAGCGUGUGAGACGGGGCCGCACGGAGAGAGGAGAGAGACAGAGAGAGAAAGUACAUUGCAACCCACAGCAAUGCAGCCGCUGUGGGUUACAAUCUCUCUCUGUCUCUCUCCUCUCUCUUUGUGGCUUCGUCUCGUGCGCUCCGUCCUCGUUGGUGUUCGGCAGCUUCUUCUUCGUUGGUCAAAAGUUUGGCUAACUUUAGCAGGAAGAAUGAGCUCUUAUCUCAAUGCAACAUUAGCAAUACAGUUAUAUCAUGCAAAGGAGGGUAAACGACAAACAUGAUUAAACACCUCAGGAUUCAUGGAGGAGAAAUACCCGAGUGCUCGUCUUUGACGCGCUUCGCCGGUGUUGUGCCAGAGAAUGCACUCCUGCUGUUGAAUGCACCACUGACGGGAGCGCGGUUGAAAGUACACAACAAGGCGAAACAAUCCAAGUUUUUCUUACCGUUGGACGGAAUCUAAAGCGUGUGCCUUUAAUGAUUUCAUUCAGGCUAUUCAGAUAUGCCGGAAACAAUAGACCUCUGAUUCGGAAUAUUUACUGUCCUGAAAAUAUAAUGUUCUCUACAUUAACAGCUUACUCUACAGUUUAUAUACCCAAGUACACCUUUAUGUGUGCAUUUUUGAGACACAUACAAACAAAACGAAAGUUUACUGCUCCAUUUGACACGUUUUCAUGAUCUAAUACCCGUGUUUUAUUCAAUAUGAGAUCAUAUUUCUUCCACUAAGAAGCUAAUCAGUGUAGGGGAGGCAUUCUAUGGCAGGGGUGCAUUCUACAGCACAACAACUGUCUUCCGCUAACCAGUCAGGAUCAGAUAAGUGAAACAAUAAAUGACUUCUGUCCUCUGCUAACUUUGAAACGGUAAAGAAAUUGAACUGUGUACGGUGAGUAAACUUAAAUAUCCAUCUAACGUUUGCCCUUGUGCUUUUUCAUAGACAAACGACCUGAAAACAAAAAAUGAUAUUUAUAUACUGGUUGAAAAUAGCUCUGUGAGAAAUCCAUAGUAAAGUUCUUAAAAAGUUAAUAGGAUUUAAAAAUUCAUGGAGAAGUUCAGAAAUUUCAUCCAAAAAGAAGAGCCCCGGUUAGCACCCUCAUUCAAACCAUGCUUUUUUUUUCUUUUUUCUUUUUGAUAUCCUGCCUUUUAAAAGAAUCGAAUUAGAGAAUCGAUAGGAAUCGGAAUCGAAAUGAGGAAUCGAAAUUGGAAUCGGAAUCGUUCAAAAUCAAACGAUACCCAACCCUAGUGACAGCUCAGUGUUUUCCUGCUGAAUAACCUCUCCCUCCUCUCUCCUCCAGCGUCCAUCAUUUUCAUGGGCUGGAUUGCAAAGAAGUUCCGGUUAGCAGACUGCCAGUCUGUGAGUACUUGACUCUCAUCUUUAUCAGGAUUAAAAUGAUCAGUGAUUCACUCUGAUAUUGAUCAUCUCUUCUGUCUGUUCAGGAUUGGAUUGAGCUGUGGGUUGAAGAUGCUUUCUGGAGGUUCUUGUUCUCUGUUAUUCUGUUUGUCAUCAUGUUCCUAUGGAGACCGUCUGCAAACAACCAGAGGUAAACUGAAAAGAAGGGCUUGAAUUUAUUCUGUUUGACCUUCUUUUACUUUGAAAGUCAUGUAUUUCUGAUGUGCACAGGUACGCCUUCACACCUCUCAUUGAUGACUCCGAUGACGAGGAGAUUGAGGAGUUCAUCGCCUCUUCCAACAUCGGUACGGUAACAACACUAGAGCGUGAAACUGCAAGUAUUCGCCGCAUCCUGUACUAUUUUUUUCUUCUCAUGGCUGACAUGUUUUUCUUUUCUUUUGCACAGCGGAUGGUAUAAAACUGAGAGCAUCCAAAAAUGAGACCAACGGCACAGUGAAGCCCUCAGAACCAAACCCAGUCAGUCUAGUUCUGGUGUCACGAUAUUCAGCAGAUGGCAGUGUUCACUUUUUUAACCUUUCUCUCUUUUCGCAGGAUGAUGACUUGAAGUGGGUGGAAGAUAACAUUCCCAGCUCUCUUACUGAUGUGUAAGCACUCUUUUACACAAAUAUCAACAAUUCUUUUUUUUUUAACUUCUGACAUGUUUGAUUCUAACACGAGUCCUUUUUUUGCAGAGCUCUGCCAGUCCUGCUCGACUCUGAUGAGGUAGGAUACAUUCCUCCCACUGACUCCCACUGAUAUGAUGUGUUUUUCACACACUGUGCAGCAGCAACCCUACAUCAUAUAUCUGUGUAUUCAUAAAUGCAAAAUGAACAAGCAAAAUGGCUAACAUCUUUAUUAAUGCAAAUUGUGUUGUAAAUUUUGCGUUUCUGGUGUGCGUCUCUAAAAGCUCCUGUGAGGAACUUUCCACUUGCGUUGAUUAUGGCGCCCCCCUGUGGACAUAGUGGUUCAUUUCUGAGCCUGUUUUAUUUUAAAAUGCAUCAUGCUGAGUCUGUCUGCAAUGGUAAAAUGUAAAAAUAAGUCUCACCUAUUCUUCACCAGGGUUUUAGAGAUCACAAGUAGCUAAAAGACUUAAUCAAACUUGUUCCUGAUGGUGUCGGUCAUCAAAAUUUUUUAAGUCUGUUUUGUAACCUGAUAAAAACUCCUCACACGAGUUUUAACUAGUUCUUAAACAGCCUGAAAUAGAUGGUGAUGCUUAUUCGUUUCUAUCAAGAUCAUCAGUAAAAUCACAAAUAGUAUUAAAAUGGUCAUUUUUAGCGCCUGUAACCACAGCCAGGACAAAUGAGCAGAGACGAAACUACCAUCUGCACUCAACCACACACAGAAAUAAGAUGGAUUUAAAAGAAAACAGAGCAUGUCUGUCUGAAAGAGAAGACUGUAAAUGCAGACUAAAUGUUAAUAUUAUAUUUCUGUAUAUUUCCAGGAAAUUAUGACGACCAAGUACGAGAUGUCAAAGCUGGAGUGAGGUCGAACGUUUCCAGACGGCGGUUUAAACGGACUCAUGACUCUGCUGCAGGUUCCCUCCAGGAUUUCCAGCUGCGUGAGGGUGAUGACGGCGUGCCAUUGAAUAUUUCACGGGACCUUCCUGUCCUGAGCUGUUGAUACCUCUGCAGGAACCGUGGAGCAGACCACGGUAUUUUUUAGGAGGACUACUCCUCAUCAUUUCUUCAGAGCCACGGACUCUAUGAAAGAAAAACUGUCUUUUCACUGACCAACCUCCCCUGAUACGAUCAGUUUUGAGCCUUUCUUUCCAAAGAGAAUGUUUCUUUUAUAUUUAAGUGCUGUAUUUAUUUCUGUUCGAUUAAUCUGGACUCCUUUUAUCAGAGAAUGAAGAGCAGGCGGCCUCUUCCAUGCAUGAACAUAACACUCUGAAAGUGUCUUUUUGGGUAUUUGGUUGUAAUAGGUUUUUAUUUAUGGUGGGAGGAUAAUUAUAAAGAACUCUAACAGUGAUUUAUCAAAGCUAUUUUUACAGCCUGAAGAGAGACAACCUGAUUGAGUACUUUAAAGAUAUUCUCAGAUGGGAGCUCUGUCUUGUAGUUUACACCCUGUGCGUACCUUUAUUUAGUUUGCAGCUUCAAAACCUGAGACGAAGAAACUCCAGAAACUCAAACACUAUUAUUCCAAGUAGCAUGUUAGCUCUUAUGCACUUUGGGGAUCAAAGCUGUGCCUACAUGUUGUUCCAGUUUGAGGCCGGAUAUGUUCAGGUGAUUAAGGAGAAAUAGGUCUGAAAGUGUGGCUCACAUCUCCGAUCGAAUCUACUCGUCAUCCUCAGUAUUGUGUGUGAAUGUGCGUCAGAGGGACGAAGCACAAGUAAGUGAUUUUGUACAUUUUAAACUGAGAUGUAACUGAGUUCUUUGGUGUAAAUUUUGGGUUUUCAGUCAUGUUUUUGAAUCUACUGUAUGUCCGUAUGGGUGGGCAGGUUUGAUGUCUUAUAAAAUAAGGAGCAAUAUAUCGUAUGUCUGUUAAUGUGGCGUUAAAUAAUUCAUUAUUUAUUUGGGUUUCAAGUGUACUUAUAAGUUGUUAAAGUGUGUGUUCACCCAUGUUUACUCAGUGUGUGUUUACAUUGUGUGCUUCCAUUUUUUUCUACAUGCAUCGAAAACUCUAAACAGUCUCUGGGUGUGUAAUUUCAGCUGAUUUCUGUGCGUUAUUCGCUGAUAAAGUCGCUGCAUUGUUUUCACAGACACCUUAAAAAAGUUUUUGAAGAAGUCUUGAAAUCUUUGUUUUUGUUGAUUUUGAAGAUGGCUGACCUGAUGCCGUCUCUGUGACUUGUAAUCUUGUGAGGGUACGAUCUGUGGUUAGCAAAGCACAAGCUGAUCACUGGGAUUUGAAAUGUUCCCUUUUUCAGUAUGGGAAACCUGGAAUAAUUGUGCUUAUGAUGGCACGCUGUCCUUGGGUUAUAUAAAACUGCAGACACCUGCAGUGGACCUCCAUUUAUUUGUACAGAUGGGUUUUGGCUGAUUCCUGUUAUUUCAGAAGUCCACAGGUGGAGAGGUGUCUGGAUAAUCUGACUCUCUCUCUCUCUCUCUCUCUCUCUCUCUCUCUCUCUCUCUCUCUCUCUCUCUCUCUCUCUCUCUCUCUCUCUCUCUCUCUCUGCCUCUCCCUUUCGUAAGUGUCAUGAAGAUCUGGGCUUGAAUUUUUCAUACCAGCUGUUUUCUUCUCUCUCAAUAACAAUCCAGUGCAGACAAAUGUUUGUUUCCUGAGC